GAACCAAAAAUAAAUAAAUAAUAGCCAUUCAAGAAAAAUAGGGAGCUAAACUUACCCAGAUGAAAAUAUUAGUGACAUUAGCGUUUCUUUUUUUCUUUGUAAUAAGCGUGAAAGGAGCAGAAGUCGAUACACAAGUUAUAUCACUUUCCGGAAACUCAGCAGCAGGCUUUGUUAUUGGAGUUGGACUAAUUGGAAUGCUAUUCUUCUCGGUAAAAAUGCUUGAAGGAAUUCAGAUUUCAAAUUCAGGCGACUUAGCAGAGGACUGAGGUAAAUGUUUACAUUUUUGAAUUGCUUUUAAUACCCAAGUUAGUACAUUGCUAUACUUUUUUUACUCGAU